AAGAAGAGAAGGGGUUAGGUCUGCGAAAUAGGGGCUGCUUCCCUCAACUGAGUCACACCUGGGCUCUGCUCCAAGUCGUCGACAAGCGAGGCAGCAGAAUCAUCAGAAGGAAUUAUCAUUUGUAUUAAAGCUCGGACUCCUGGUGCCAGACCCAGCAGUGGAAGCCAGGGACCAGCAGGCACUGACUCUACAACACUUUGUGCUCUUCACACUAGCCUUCAAUAAACAGACAAAAUGGCAGAAAAUCGAGCAAAGAAGGCCGGCAUUGGAGCAGAAAUAGACAAGAAAUUGGAACAGCGAUAUGACCAGGAGGAGGAGGCAGGUACCACGAAAGCCGUCCAGUUGUGGAUCAACGCUGUUCUUCAAGGAGAACACGAGCCUAUUCCAUCCUAUUCACAGCGUGAUCUUCACAAAUCCCUUAGGGACGGCGUCAUGCUUUGCAAGCUGAUUAACAAGCUGUUGGAGGCAGAAGGCAAGAACAAGGUGCACGUGCAGAAGAAGGUGGCCUCCAUGUUCGUGGCCUACACCAACAUCGAGGCCUUCAACAACGGCUGCCUACAGUACGGCCUGGCCAAGGAGUUCUUGGUGCAGUCCGCGGAUCUGUGGGAAGGCCGCAAGGGGCCCUUCCUCAACGUCAUCAACUGCUUGCACAGUCUCGGCUUCCUGGCCAACAGCAAGGGCUUCACACCCACUUACACGGGAGAGAUUCAAAAAUCACUGAAUUUUGACUGAAAUCUCUGGAAGCAUGCAUGCACAUCACGCCAAGACAAGGUCUUUGUGACUCCUAGACGAGACUUGGCCGAGACUGAAGCGGAGCGCUUAGCUAAUCAUCUCUUAAAACAUUCGAACUACACGCAAGGGUCGUGCUCAUUGUUGUUUCGUGCAUCUAUGUUCAUUCGCAAAAAUGAGAGGGUACGGGGGUGGUAAAAAGUGAACAAUGAGCCUUUUUGGGAGUUUUUUGGCAUUUAAGUAGAAACUACCUACAUUAACACUUUUCUUGUAAGUAUGUUUGCUGAAGUGUUUUCAAGCAGCCUGUUUCUCAACAUCAGGGAAAAGUAUUCUUUUUUUUUUUUUAAUCGCAUCAUUUAAAAUCAUUUUGAUGUGACCUAGCGAACGCCACUUAAAAGGCAAUAGAGGAUCAGCCUGUCAUGAGAUAAUUAUAGUUACCUCCGUAAGACAUAGCUUUAAUCAGAAAUGACAGAUAGUAAUGUGUUUCUGCCAACUCUUUCCCGCUUGCUGAAGUCUUCUUGCCAAGAUAGGAAAGUGUUUUAUUGUGUUGUGCGCUCUGAACUAUUUUUUACCAGUUGUAUAUGUUUAGAAGGUUAUAAAAAGCUAUGUAAAUAGCAAGCACCAGCUUUUACAAUCAGUGUGACGAAAGGUUUGGAGUUGGAGAAGAAAUAGAGCGGAAGAGCUAUUAUAUAACUUAUAGCCGCGAAGAAUGAACACAGGUAAAUAAAAGAAGGAUCUUAUAUCUUUUGAUGACCCCACAAAGCUCGUUGCUCAUGAUAUUCAAAUAGGUUGUGCUCAGGUGAGAUAAUAAAUAUUAUUUUUUCUGUUUUCCAAGAGCGCAUUUAAUUCAUCAACAAAGGAUAAGACCGAAGAAAACUUCAUUUCAUGCUGUGCAAUUUAUGCAGAAUUAAGGUUGAAAGCGAUUAAAUUUUGGGUAUAAAUGUUGCUUUAAUUUUAGUUUUAAUCGCCUGUCCAUAACUUGUUUUCUUUUAUUUGUUUGUUUUAUGGAAUAAUUCUUUAUAUCUUUCCUGAUUUCGGUUUUUCAUUUUUAUCUCCUUUUUCUUGAAUGAAUCUUACGAACAUAUAUGCUGCUAUGCUCUGCUGUUGUCAAAUUCUUUUAUAUUGUAAUAAAAGUGUAUAUUUCUGUCGA